CCGGGGCAGCCACGUUCGGUUGAGCUCCAAGUAGACCAGCGGCGGCGGCGGCGGCAGCGGCAGCGGUGCUGAAGGCGCAGAGGGCGGCGCAGGCGGAGCCGGGCGGCGGGCGCGCGGGCCGCGAGCAAGCGAGCUGCAGGCUUCGGGCGGGCGGCGGCGCAGCUCAGGCCGAGCCGGCGCGGGAGGAGUUCCAGGGCGAUGGGGCCGCGGCCGGGGCUGACGCUUUGACAGCUGGAAAGAGCGCGGAGCCAGCGCCGGGGAGGGAGGGAGAGCGGCGAGCGGAGUGCGAGCGAGCGGGCGAGCGCCGGGAGGGGGCCGGGAGCGGGGCAGCUCGGGAGACCGGACGGUAGCGGCGGCGGCGGCGGACUCGGCGCCCUCUUCUCUGCAAGCCAUGUUUGCCAAAGGCAAAGGCUCGGCGGUGCCCUCGGACGGGCAGGCUCGGGAAAAGUUAGCUUUAUACGUCUACGAAUAUUUACUGCACGUAGGAGCACAGAAAUCUGCACAGACCUUCUUAUCAGAGAUUCGAUGGGAAAAAAACAUCACACUGGGUGAACCGCCUGGGUUUCUGCACUCGUGGUGGUGUGUAUUUUGGGACCUUUACUGUGCAGCUCCUGAAAGGAGAGACACUUGUGAACAUUCAAGUGAAGCAAAAGCCUUUCAUGAUUAUAGUGCAGCAGCUGCCCCAAGCCCUGUGCUUGGCAACAUUCCCCCCAAUGAUGGGAUGCCUGGAGGCCCCAUCCCACCAGGUUUCUUUCAGGGUCCUCCGGGGUCACAGCCCUCGCCGCACGCACAGCCUCCACCUCACAAUCCCAGCAGCAUGAUGGGACCCCACAGUCAGCCUUUUAUGUCACCGCGAUAUGCAGGCGGCCCCAGGCCCCCGAUCAGAAUGGGAAACCAGCCUCCAGGAGGAGUUCCUGGGACACAGCCAUUGCUGCCCAAUUCCAUGGAUCCCACACGACAACAAGGUCACCCCAACAUGGGAGGAUCAAUGCAGAGAAUGAACCCUCCCCGAGGCAUGGGGCCCAUGGGUCCUGGCCCACAGAAUUACGGCAGCGGCAUGAGACCACCACCCAACUCCCUCGGCCCCGCCAUGCCUGGGAUUAACAUGGGCCCAGGAGCUGGCAGACCCUGGCCCAAUCCCAACAGUGCUAACUCAGGAAGGCAGCUCCAAUCCAUGGCUCCCGAAUCUUCUUUCCAGAUCCCGUACUCCUCCUCAUCACCCGGAACCUACGUGGGACCCCCUGGUGGUGGCGGCCCUCCAGGAACCCCCAUCAUGCCUAGUCCUGCGGAUUCAACAAAUUCCAGUGACAACAUCUACACAAUGAUUAAUCCUGUGCCGCCUGGAGGCAGCCGGUCUAACUUUCCAAUGGGACCUGGCUCAGACGGCCCAAUGGGAGGCAUGGGCGGCAUGGAGCCACACCACAUGAAUGGAUCCCUAGGAUCAGGCGACAUAGAUGGACUUCCAAAAAAUUCUCCUAACAACAUAAGUGGCAUUAGCAAUCCUCCAGGCACCCCUCGAGAUGAUGGCGAGCUAGGGGGCAACUUCCUCCACUCCUUCCAGAACGACAACUAUUCUCCAAGCAUGACCAUGAGUGUGUGACCCCCUCUCCAAGAUGCUGAGAGCCGGCAUUGCAGGCAGAAGAUGCCAGAAAUUAUGCAAGAAGAAGUGAGGUGUCGAUACCAGGAGCUGGGGGAGGGCAUCUCCUGCUCCCUCCAACCCUCCCAUUCACUCCCCCACCUUCCCCAAUUUUAGUUUCAUGCAAUAAAAAGGCCAAACUUUUAUUCCAUAAAACAUGAAGGACAAAACUCAAAAAUAUAUUUCAAGUCAAUGGCCAGAAAAAUCACACCUUCUCCCCGCCCAGAAGGACCUUUCUGUACAUGACACUUUUUGUUGGGUUUUGUUUGUUUGUUUGGGAUUUUACGUUGCUGGGAUUUUAAAUUUGUUUUCAGGGGGUUUCUUUGGGGGAAUUUUUUUUUUUUAAUGGAAGCUUCUAGCAAGCCCUAUGCCCCACCCCAAUCAACCUCUUUGCUUUCUUCUUUAAAAAAAGGAAAAAAGGAAAAAAGAAAAAAAAAAAGGAAAAAGAAAAAAGGCCAAAAAAAGGGAAGAGAAACCCGCAAGCCCUGCUGUCUGUCCCUAAGGCCUACCACCAGAAAAGCUAGUCUAGGUGUACAGUGUCAACUGACGUUGUAGCCAUCUAAAAAUAAUAAUAAUAAUAAACUGGACAGUUUACAGUUGGUGGUUUCUUUCAAAAGCUGUUUGGGAAAAAAGAACAGAAGUCAACCGUUUCCACAUAGGCCUUGGGGUUUGCACUUGGCAAGGAGAUGUAGGUGUCCGCUUCACUCUGGCUUGGCUGGCCAUCACAACACACUGAGCCAGAGGACCCAGAGCCCCCAACCUGCUGUCACCCAACAGAGACCAUCGCUGUGACCCAGCGUACACACUGUUCCAGGAUGGCUGCCUCUUCUCCAGACCUCUCGUGCCCAGCCACUGGGGCCUCCAGUCCCUUGGUCCCCACUGUUUCCUGGCAAGAACCCUGCUGGCUGGGUAGUGGCCCAGGCCAAGGAGGAGAGGCCCCACCAACAGGAUGACUACAAUCUGGGCCAUAGAACUGACCUCCAUGUUCUGGUCCCGAGCUCCUCACAUAGUGCUCACUGGCAGGGCGGGCUGAAGUUGCGGUUUUCUUUUUUUUCUCCUGUUUGUCCUUUUUCAAAGAUGGGUGUUGGUUGGAAUUGCUCUGUAUUUGCUUGGAACUGGAUGGACAGACUUCAGCAUUGCUGUGGGGGUGGGGGGAGCACCAGCAACCAAACAGACACUGUUUCUGGUCCUGUUUUUAUUUUCAAAAACCGAUGAACCUGACGGUGGAGCCUGUCCCCUCUGAGGAGGGGUGACUUGGCUGCCCUGGCCUCUCCCCGUGGCAACCUUCGUGUCUUGCCCCGGAAGACACUGAGUUCUUUGUACAUUUACACCCUCCGCGCCCUGCCCACCCUCGUAGCUGGUCUUUGUUUUCUUACCUCCCCUUUCUGACCCAUGUAUAUCAUAUUAUGUGAGAUACCAUCUGCCUGAAAAAAGACCUUGUGCGGAUUCUUGGGAACAUUGUAGCUGUUUCUGUGUUUUUUCUUACCUUGUAGUCUGGUUCUGAAUUAUGAGAGGAAAAAAAAGUAAUUAUGAUACAUUGUAGUUUGUGUACGAUAUAUGUUGAUAACGUUUUAUUAAAGGGACAUCUUUUUUCCGCA